AUGGCUACACAGUCGACGACGAAAGCGAUUGGGAGAGUUGACUACGAAGGCGGCGAUCAUCAUCAUCAGGAGGCGGCGGCGGCGUCCUCCUCCUCCUCCGCCAGCUGCUCUCUGUCCGCAAUUCACGAGGACAUUCUCCGGACGCACAUCCUGACGCGGCUCGACGGCGUCGCUCUCCUCUCCGCCGCCUGCGCCUCCACGGAGCUCAGCUCGCUCGCCUCGCAGGACAAUUUAUGGAAGGACGUCUGCCGGUCAACGUGGCCUUCCACCGAUGUCCCCCGCCUCCAGGAAGUGAUCUCCGCCUUCCCCGACGGCCACCGCUCCUUCUUCUCCGCCUCCUUACCUCUCCUGGCCGACAUGGAGCCUUACUCCGAGCCGGCCUCCGCUGCCUCCGAGAUUUUCGCGGAGGAGCUGAUCUCCGCCGUGGAUAUCUACCACCGCGGGGAGCUGAUUUUCAGCAGGGCGGUGGAGACGGAGACCGGAACCGGGUGGUUCCGCUGCUCCCCGUUUCGGGUCGACCUGCUGGACCCGAAGGACACGUGUCCGACCCGGAUCCCCCGCCCCGAGACCGAGUCCGGGUGCAGGGAGCUGGGCGAGGAGCUGACCCUGAGCUGGGUGCUGGUCGACCCGGCGGGCCGGCGGGCGGUGAACCUGUCCAGCCAUCGGCCGGUAUCGGUGCAGAAGCACUGGCUGAGCGGCGACGUGCACGCGCGGUUCGCGGUGGUGCUGGCCGGGGAGAAGGGGGCGGCGUCGGAGUCGGUCCAGUGCGGGAUCGUGGUCACGUGCGGGGGCGGGGUGGAGGAAGGGGCGAUGCACGUGAGGGAAGUCAGCCUGCAGAUGGAGAACCUGGACGGGAUGUACAUGAGCGGGAAGGAGAGCUUGGGGGUUUUGGGGAGGGCGUUUGGUGGGGCCAGAAAGGGGAUGAAACGGGAAAGAGGAAGGGAAGAAGGAGGGAGGAGGUACGAGGAGUUUUUGGCGAUGAAACGGCGGCGGAGGGAGAGGAAGUUGAGAGCGGAAGGCGCCAUGGAUACACUGUGCAUGGCUUCUGCUGUGUUCGUCUUCGCUUCUCUCGCCUUCCUUUUCCUGUGGGGACGAUGA